CUCUGAAAACGGUUUUACUUAGUUUCUGAUCCGGUUUGAAUCCGGAUCACAGGAUGUGGCUCUGAUCCACUUUGUUUCUGAUUCAUUUUUCUCUGGAGCUCAAACUUUCCUCGGGAGACACCGUGGAGGACAUGCCGGGGACUGUGGCUCUCAUCAGCGCCUUCGCGCUCCUCUCGGCCGGGCUGCGGAGCUCCGUGUUCGGCGUGGGGAUGCUGGGCUCCGUGGCCGCGGAGGAGAGCCCCACCGCCGGGGCGAGCAGCACGGCGGUGGCCGGGGCGUGGAGCUCCGGGGACGGGGACAGAGGAGCGGGGCGAGCGGGCUGCCCUGGCCGCUGUCGGUGCGAGGUGGACGGGCUGCUGCACCGGGUGGACUGCUCGGACCUGGGGCUCCGGGAGAUACCGAGCAACCUGAGCGUGUUCACCUCCUUCCUUGAUCUGAGUAUGAAUAAUCUGACUGUGUUGUCCAGCGGAGGUUUGUCCAACCUGCACUUCCUGGAGGAGCUGCGCUUGGCGGGUAACGACCUGUCGUCCAUCCCCAGAGGAGCGUUCACUGGCCUCUACAACCUCAAAGUUCUGAUGCUUCAAAACAACCAGCUGACGUCUGUUCCUGCUGAGGCCUUCAACAACCUGCACAACCUGCAGUCACUACGUCUCGACGCCAACCACAUCUCCCUGGUUCCUGUCGGCUGUUUCACGGGUCUGCGCUCGCUCCGUCACCUGUGGUUGGACGACAACUCUCUGACAGAGGUGCCGGCGGCGGCCCUGAGCGACCUGCCCGCCCUGCAGGCCAUGACCCUCGCCCUCAACCUCAUCAGCCACGUCCCCGACCACGCCUUCAGCCAGCUGGGCCGCCUGGUGGUGCUGCAUCUCAACAACAAUAGGAUCGUUUCCAUGGGAACGGACUGCUUCCACGGACUCCACAGUUUGGAGACGCUGGAUUUGAACUACAACAGCCUGGUGGAGUUUCCCUCGGCCGUCCGCUCGCUCGGCCACCUCAAGGAGCUCGGUUUCCAUAGCAACAACAUCCAGUCCAUCCCGGAGCACGCCUUCACAGGAAACCCAUCACUGAUCACCAUAUUUUUCUACGACAAUCCGAUCCAGUCUGUUGGAAGCUCCGCCUUUCAGAACCUCCCAGAGCUUCGCACACUUUCUCUGAACGGAGCCGCAGAUCUCACUGAGUUUCCAGAUCUGACGGGAACCAAAAGUCUGGAGAGCCUGACCAUCACAGGGGCUCGGAUCAUCUCUUUGCCUUCUUCAGUGUGUGAGCAGCUUCCAAACCUGCAGCUGCUGGAUCUCUCCUACAAUCACAUCCACUCUCUGCCCAGUUUCUCCGCCUGUGAAAACAUUCAGAAGAUUGAUCUGCACCAUAACGACAUCGAGGAGCUGCAGGAGAACAAUUUCCAUGGUCUGAUGUCUCUGAGCUCUCUGGAUUUGUCGUGGAACAGGCUAACGUCAGUGAAGCCGAACUCGUUCUCUGCUCUACCGGCUCUGACCAAACUUGACCUGUCGUCCAAUCAGCUGUCCUCCCUGACUCUGACUGGUCUGCAGAGUUUAACUCACCUGCGAUUGGCUGGAAACGAUCAGCUGAUGGAGCUGAUCCCUCGAGAGGAUCUGCCUCAAGUCAGGGUGAUGGAGCUUCCUUACGCCUUCCAGUGCUGUGCCUUCACCUCCUGUGAGAGAAGAGGAGGUUUGUCGUGGGAGAGAGAGGAGGUGGUCGACUUCAGAGACAGCUCCGUCCUCUCCAGUCAAGCCGAUCAGGACUGGGAGGAUUUUCUCAUUGAGUCUGACGACGAACCAAAACCUCAGCACUUGGUCCAAUGCAGCCCUGCACCAGGUCCGUUCCGUCCCUGCCUCCAUCUGCUCGGCAGCUGGUUGAUCCGUGGGGGGGUGUGGCUCAUCGCAGCGCUCUCGUUGGUCAGCAACAGCCUCGUCGUGCUGUCCAUCUUCUUCUCGACCACCACUUUGGUCACGCCCCCCAAGCUGCUGAUUGGCCUCUUGGCCCUGGUGAAUGGCCUGAUGGGAGUGUGGAGCGGCUGGUUGGCCGCGGUGGACACGUGGACGUUUGGGAGCUUCUGGAGGUACGGAGCCAAGUGGGAGAGCAGCUUCCUGUGUCGACUCAGCGGCUUCCUGUGUGUGUUCGCUUCGCAGACGGGUCUCUUCCUGCUCACGGUCGCCGCUCUGGAGCGAUGCUUGGCCGCCAUCGCACGACGACACAAAACCGAUGACGGCAGCGGUCGCUCCUCGUCUCCGUUCUCCCUGCGUCUCUCUGUCUUCCUGUGUUUCCUGUUGGGUUUGGCCGUCACGCUGCCCCCCCUGGUGGCCGGACACAGUAGCACCUCCCUCUGUUUGCCGCUGCCUUUCUCCUCCUCCUCCUCCUCCUCUUCCCUGGCCCUCUCCGUCUCCCUGGUGCUCCUCGACUCGUUGUGUUUCCUCGUCAUGACGCUCGCCUACACUCACCUCUACUGUCGGGCCAACAAAGCUCCGCCCACCUCAGAGGAAGAGGCGGCGCUGACCCGACACGUGGCCUGGCUGCUCUUCUCCGACUGCCUCCUCUACCUCCCUGUGGCCUUCCUCUCCUUUUCCUCUCUGCUGCACCUCCCCGCCGCUGGGCCCGACGUGGCGAAGGGCGUUCUGCUGCUUGUGGCGCCGCUGCCGGCCUGCGUCAACCCGCUGCUCUACCUCCUAUUCAACCCCAUCGCCAGGGAGGAGCUAGCAGCGCUGGCCAAACGCAUCUGCAGGGCAAGGCAUCAGCGAGGAGGAGGAGGAGGAGGAGGAGGAAGGUCGACGACUGUAACAAUGGAUUCAACGUACGACGAGGACGCAGAGAAACAGUCAUGUGACUCGACUCAGGCGCUGGUGGCGCUCGGAGGCACGAAGGAGGACGAGGAGGGGGAGAGAGGGAGGAUGAAGAGCGAGACACAACGUUCUGUGGCGUUUGUUGUUCAACGUCACUAGUCUCACACACACACACACACACACACACACACACACACACACACACACACACACACACAGUGGCAGCACAUGUAGCAGGACGAGGACGGUGAAAGAAAAAAACAAACGUACGCACGUGAUGGUGCUCGGGCCCGUUUCACCCCGACUCUCUCACUUCCUCUUUCAUUGUCUCCCUUUGUCUCUCGAUCGUUUUUUAAAUUUUUGUAUUUUUUUCCCGUAACGUCGAACUAAAUUGAUCAAAACCUAAAAGAACUGAGCUCCAUUAUCUUCUGCUCAUCUCUGAUUGGCCAGUUCUGGAUCACAUGGGAGAAGACACACACACACACACACACACACACACACCCUGACUUUACAGCAUCGUGUCACCAAACAUUCACCAAAUGUUUAAGCAAAUGCUGUUUACAACGUGUGUGUGUGUGUGUGUGUGUGUGUGUGUGUGUGUGUGUGUGUGUGUGUGUGUGUGUGUGUGUGUGUGUGUGUGUGUGUGUGUGUGUGUGUGUGUGUGUGUGUGUGUGUGUGUGCAGCUAAGAUGUUUUUGCGAGUGUGUGUCAGAGCUGCAGUGUCGGUGCGACUUCUGACACAGAGUUGAAACUGAAAACAGGAACGUGAAGCUCAUGUUCAGAAAAAACAACGGAUCCUUUGAAAAUUAUCGCUUUUAUUUAUUUAGUCAAUGAAGGAAGUAAAAACGUCGUCAAAGUUUGUAAACAGCCGAAAUGAAAUUAAACUAAAAAUGACACAGAAAUAAUUUAAGGAUCAAACUCAGAACAUUUGGUUUCAGACGGUUUCAACGUGUCGAUGAUUAAUGUUGUAAAUGACUGUGACAAUCUGAGUUUCCUGUUCUGUCGACUGUGAGAAAUAAUGUCGAGAGUGUUUGUACGAACAGUCUGAUGACGAAGGUUCUCAACGUCUUCUUCAAAUGUUUUGUUUUUGUUCAUAACUGUAAAAAUGAGUCUAAAGAUUUUACUGAACUUCCUGAAAUUGUUGCAUGAACGUCGUCAACUAUCGACCUGCACGACACGAUGUGAGAAAACGUACGUUGACCUGAAGCUCUCAGCGACAUCUCCUUCAUCAGCGGGAAACUGUCUCCAUGACAACAGUGCUCCCACCGAGGAGGAGGACUCGUGAUUCGGUUGAAAGCUCCAGGAACCGAAUGUGUUUUGAAAAAAGAAACUUGUGAAUUUAUAUUUGUAUAAACACAUAAACUAUGUUGUGGUUUUAAUUCGUAACGUGUAAAUUCAAAUUGUUGACAUGCAAAUUGUGGAUGUGGAGUUUCUGCAGCAACAGGAAAAAAAAAAUGUUUGAAUGUGUGCGACAGUUUAACUUUCGCACUUUUUGUGAUCAGCACUUAAAAUCAA